UAGCUACUUUAGUGGUUUAGGACAUGAAUGUGCCACAGAAAAUGAGUUGAAUCACAACACAAGCUCCCUACCUACUCCUACCUUGUCCAAAAUUUAUAGAGUCGAUAAAGACUGUAAGCUUGAAAAACAACAUAUCCAUCAGACUGCUCAACUAUCUACACCAUAUAAAUAUAUAUACACUCACAUUUCUCUCUUACACUCAGGUUCACAGUCACAAGACUCCUCCAUAUCCAAGAAAUCCAACCAUGGCUACUGAAAGUGUAAUGGUGGAUGAAAUCCCUUUUCCUCCCCAGAUCACAACCACCAAGCCAUUGUCUCUGCUUGGUCAUGGAAUCACAGACAUUGAAAUACACUUCCUCCAAAUCAAGUUUACUGCGAUUGGAGUCUACUUGGAACCUGAAAUUGUAGGACAUUUACAGAAGUGGAAGGGAAAACCUGGAAACGAACUUGCAGAGAACGAUGAAUUUUUCGAAGCUGUUAUCUCUGCUCCUGUGGAUAAGUUUCUGCGAGUUGUGAUCAUUAAGGAAAUCAAGGGCUCCCAAUAUGUUGUGCAGCUAGAGAGUGAGGUGAGAGAUCGAUUGGCAGAAAUCGACAAAUAUGAAGAAGAGGAAGAGGAAGCCUUGGAGAAGAUUGUUGAGUUCUUCCAGUCCAAAUAUUUCAAGAAAAAUUCCGUCAUCACAUUCUACUUUCCAGCUACUUCAGGCACUGCCGAGAUUGUUUUUGCAACUGAAGGGAAAGGGGAAUCAAAGAUCAAUGUCGGAAAUGCGAAUGUUGUGGAGAUGAUCAAGAAAUGGUACUUGGGUGGAACCAGGGGACUUUCUCCUACAACCAUAUCUUCCUUAGCCAACAACCUUUCAGCUGAAUUGUCUAAAUGAAGGCCCUAAUGCAAUAAUCUCAAUUUGAAUUGUUCUUUUUAUUAAGUUGUUCUCUAUAUACCAAAUCUCUAUGCUUGAGCUAGCUCUUUGGUUUUGACAACUGGUGACUUUCAGGCAUAUUUGGGAAGGCCAAAUAAGAUAUUAUGAGUCUGUUUUGUAUGCAAUAUAAAAUUUGUUUGUCUCAUA